AUGCCGUUUUUGUCACCUUUUAGUUGCGAUAAAGUUUAUGAGAAGUUCAAAAAUCAGAGCAAUUCUUGGUAUGCCGGGUUGUUUACACCUCGUAGCGAUGAACAAAGGACGACACUGUCAGUAUCUCCCUAUGGAAACAAUUGUUUUGCAAUAUCCGUCGAUUCAUAUCCAUGUAAAGCCGAAGGCGAAGGUACUGUAAUUAUACAGCGAAGCUGCAAUUUCUUGUUUGAGGUUGCACCUCUCGAAAAAAUAAUUGUUCUUUUGUGAUCACCUAAAUUUAUCGCGAAGAAAGAUAUAGCUAUAAUGUUAUAGACUUUUAUACCCAGUAUUGUUAGAAGAUAUAUAAAAAAGGGCUAUUACUCAAAAUAUGAAUGAAAUGCGUAAAAAGAGUACCUGCAUGCGUGAAAUUAUAACUAUAUGUACUGGUUUAUGCGUAUAUUUUUUUAAAUUGAUAAAUCCUUUUUAUUGCACUGUUUAUUACGAUAUACAAAAUAUAUAAUAUAAAUAGACAGUGUGUAUGCAUGCAUAUACCUAUUUUUGUGUCUGCUAAGUUUGAUUUGUCAGUGGUAAAUUUUCAAUUGUUUUUCUUGCUUUUUGUUGCUUCAUAGUUAUUUUUCAUAAAUUGAAACUCUUCUAUCCUGUCGCAAUGAUUCUGGGAAUGGUUUUGUUCUACACCGCUGAUGAAGUUGGCAGGUAUAAAUAUCCACAUGUUUUACAUUGAUUUUAAUCUGAUUUAUUAUAAGGUAUACAAGAAGCGAAAAAUUCGCAAACGCCAUAUAUAAAGAUCGCCACUAAGUUUAUCCGCAUUAUACGUUUGAUGACUCCAAUCACGGGGAAAAACUUAUCGAAUGGCUUCAGUAUACCAGGUCCAUUUAAGUAUUUAUUAUCAAAGGGCGUCCCAAGAACCAAAUUGAGAUCAGAGGGUUACGUUAUGGAGUUGGGAUUAAGAUGCAAGGAACAGAAUUGGUUAAAUGCAAAACGUUUUAACUAGAUUAUAUUGGAUGUUAUAGUUACUUAUAAUUAUAAGGGAUGUUAUAGUAUAUAUAGAAAUUCACCCAUGCAGAAAUCCCAAUAUGUAAUUUCUUAAAUCCGAAAAUUAGGACUGGGUAGGAUUUAAAGUGCGAGCAGUUUAUUCCAGUUGGAGGCAAACCCUGAGUUCAUGCGUAAAUCGUUGCCUUCAAAAAGUUAAUCAGAUUAUCUGUCCAUGUGUCAUAUUAAGUUAAAUUGCGCCCUACUGAGGUUAUUAUUUUACUCUGUCUAACGCCAGACAGAGUAAAAUGGUGCUCAAUGGGUUAACGUAAGGUCAAUGGACCUUUCCCCUUAUAACUAAAAUUUUGAUCUAGACAAGUCUAGACAAAAAUUUCAUCACAUCUUCAAAGAGCAUCACAAAAUUAGUAAUAUUCUAAAGUUUCGUUGCGAAAUGUUGUAAAAUGCGGAUAAUAUAGCCUUGCGAAGUUUGCAAUUUUCAGUCAUUUUGUAUUACAAACGGGAAAUCGAUGCCCCAACACCCGAUUGGGCUGUCAAUUUCCCAUGCGUAAUACAAAAUGACUGAAAAACGGCAAACUUCGCAAGGCUAUAUUAUCCGCAUUUUACAACAUUUCGCAACGAAACUUUGGAAUAUUACUAAUUUUGUGAUGCUCUUUCAAGCUGUGAUGAAAGUUUUGCCUAGAUCAAAAUUUUAGUUAUAAGGGGAAAGGUCCAUUAAUUCUGCUCCAGUCCUUAGACGGUCAUUAUACUUCACCAGGUAUCCAGUAUCAUCAUGUGAUCAAAAUAAAGCAAUAUGGUUGGCUACUUUACUACUGAAUUAUGAAUUCAUGCCAACUUGACAUAUGUUAGUCCUCAUAUAGACCCAACGUUUUGUAUAGUAAUAAACGUAAAAAAAGAAUUUCCACAUUAUCACGAACGCAAAAUAUGACAAUCUUUAAUAUGCAUGCACGGAAUGUAAUCUCAGCAACAAUUUACAAGGCUGGUAUGAAAGUCUCCAUACAUGAACGUAUUGCAUGAUUCCGUUAAAUAAUACGAAGACCCCCAUGCGUUAGCCUUUUGUAAGACAUUUUAAUUUUUAGUCUUUGAAAAUGCUUCUCAUAAAUAUUUAUUGCAUAAAUAAUUCUUGGGUUUCACUACGGCAUUAUGCAGGGAAUCUGACGGGGGGUCAACCUCAAAUGUAUUGAUGCUUAUUCUGUACUGGAGUGAGAAAAUGAUACGAAAUUCCAUGUAUCUGCACCAAACACAAGGCUAAUACAUAAAACAAACACACGACUCACUCUGAUUACUGUGUUUUGUUUUAGAGUUGACCCCCGUCACUUUUGUGACGUCAUAUGAAACCCAAGAAUAAACAUGUAAACUACUUAUCACAUAUUUGUUGCAGGAGUAUUUUGUUUUACUACACAGCUGGUAUUUCACUUGGAAUGAUUAUGGCCGUUUUCCUUCUCUUGUUUGUUGUUUCAAAGUUUAUACCACAGGUACGUGCAUGAAAGCAUAAUUUCAGUCCACCUGGAAUUCCUAUAUCACGGUAUGGUACUUGUUUGUUUUCAUGCAACCAAGUACCAUAUGUUUUUUUUACGGCUAACAUUACGUGCGACGAUGGAAGUUUAAUAUAGGCAUAAAUAGAGUUUAUUUAAAUACUUCUGAUUGUUGGUAAAUCGUAUGGCAUAUGUUUGACGACACUUAUUGUUGAAAUAUUUUAUUACCACACAAUAGCAAACAAUAGUAAACAAAACGAGGAGAUAAUUGUACGUUUAUGCAUUUUACAUAUUUUAUUAUUAGCAUGACGAAAUUACUAGAUGCUGAUUGGUUGAGAGGAGUACAAUUAUUUCAUUAAUUGUACUGCAGUACAAUUAAUGAUUUUCCCAAAACAAACAAAAUGGCGGAAAGGUAUUUUAAACACAAAUGUGAAAUGAAAUUGCCCUGGUGGAACUAUAUGAAAAGACGAACAAAAGCACAUAAUUUUGCUUUAACAAAAGUACUAAAUGAAAAUACGAACAAAAGCACAAAAUUUUGGUUGAAAGUAUGGCAAGACUGGACUUUGCCGAGAGAAUAUGAUGUUGACAUUCAGAAGUAUCCAAUUUUGUGAUGCUAAUAAUAAACAAGUAAUCAUAGUGCUAUUAAUCCCUAAUUGUACUCGCCAUCGCAUUAUUACCUAUACAAAUUACUUCUCUCCUGCAUGUGCAAUCUUCUGUCGACAAUAUUGUAAGUUAAGGUCGAUGAGUUUUUCCUUUUUUCGACAAAUUCGCAUUUUUGUUGCAUGUUCUUCGGGAAGUUAGUUAUUGGCUACUGACUUCCCGAGGCAGGGCCUUCGCCAGGUAAGAGCCUGGGUACGAGGUUGGGCCUUCGCUCGAAACGUCGAAGUUGUGCAUAUAUAUUUUUCAUGUAGUUCUAUCUCUCUCAAUCCGCGACUGUCUCCGUUCGAGAUUAUGCUUUGCAAUGCAUAUUUAUAGGAUCUUUGGGCUGCGUAUAUUGGCAACAUAAUAUUUUUGUUUCUAUUCACCAGACCCCGCCCUCCACAACGUACAAACUUUUAAAAUUCUAUGCAAAAAUUAUGAAUUAAAAGUUCUGCCAUUAUAAGAAUUAAAAGUUCUGCCAAUUUCUGCUUUUGACAGGCAAAGACAGAUAGAGUUAAACAUAGGGAAAACGUUCAUUAAUGCCAUAGGGGUGGACAGUGCCAAGUUUGGAAAUGAGGCGCAUUUCAUGUCUUACAAAUUGCACCCUUGUCUCAGAUGAGCCUGAUUCUUUGAAGACUUUAGUUUACAUUUUGUCGGCUCUCAGCACAUACAUGUUGCAUGCAUUUGUACCUAUAACAAUUGUUUCUUUUUCUUCAGAGAGGCGUUGGUUAUGCGUUCAUGUUUUGUGGCUCCAGUGUCGCCCUUUAUUUCUUUCGAUUUAUCAAAGAUCAGAUCGUCAAAGGAGAGUUCGCAGACAUCAAGAUAUUUUAUGCUUACUUUAUGUUUGCAGGUGAGGCUAAUUAAGAACAUAUUCGUGUUUGCAGCACUACAGAACUGUUUUUUGGUGGCUUUUGGUGUUAAUUUUUUUGUUGUUGGUAUAAGAUUAUCCUGUCGAGGUUAGCUUUUUUCCCUUUAAUAAAGCAAAAAUGUAAGCUCAAAGCGCCCAACAGAGCGCAGUUGUGACUUGGUGGCGCUGGGACCGUGCUGAAAUAUUAUUUCGGCAAUUGCCGUAUUGGGACAGCAAUGUUUUGCCAUGGUUUUAAGUGCAUGAUUGUUUAUUCUUUUACUUUCUAAGGAUCUUGAAAAAUAGCCGCCAUGUUGAAAAUCUACCUUUCGUCCACCCCUUCUAUCAGCGAUCGUUAUACAGGUCUAGUCAAUUCCAAAACCGUUUCCGUGGAGUGGAGCCUACAGCUAUCAUAUAAACUUGUAGUAAAUGGUCAUCAACUCGAAAAAGAGCCUAAAAAUAUAAAUUUAUUUGAACUUUUAAGCCUUUAUCGUAAACUUUUGCACUAGUUGUAGGGCCUCCAAUAAACCUUGAGGGUUCAAAAUUGCUUUAAAAUGCUAUACGCAUGCUGACAAAAUAUGGCGUAGGCAAGAGUGUAUGAUGCCAUUUUGUUUAGAAUAUUCCGCAGGCCCUCUCAUGCUUCCCAUGAGUCAUAGGACCUGUGGAGGAGGCUUCUUCUUUUGAUUGUCUCCAAACCACAUACCUACCUCCAUUCAAAGAUUGGCUGCCUCCGCACAAAAACCAUUUACAGGCAUUUACUAAUCUAGACCUCACUCUGAAAACAUCAUCCGACAAGACAUACCAUUGUAUACAAUGAUAAUAUAGACAUAAUCAUGAUCAUUAUUUCUUAAUUUUUCUAUAAGCUACUUUAUGUCUUUCAAACGUAGGUAUUAUCAGCUUCCUAUAUUGCUACUACCGUGGACCAAUUGAGAGCGCUCGUGGCUUGGAUAUCAUGAGAUGGUCUCUGCAGUCUGUGGCUUUGUUUAUGGUUUACUACAGUAUACGUUGUGAAAAGAUUUCCUUGGCCUUUGUAUUGAUCCUGAUUGCCACAAAAUGGAUAUCAUUGCCUGCAAUUCCUCAUUAUAUUCUAACAAGAGGAUGGUAGGUUUUGAACAUAAUUAGUAUCAGUAACAUAGUAUCAUAUAACAUGCAGCUAUAGUGAAGGUCUUUGUUUUGUUAAUUUGACUAACAGGUAGAGGCAUUAUACGCAACCACGUUUGCUGACCAAAUGCUUGGUAUAUUUACAAGUUUUCGAUCACCUUUCUCCGGCACGGCUAAAAAUGUAUCUCUAUGCCAGAUCAUUCUGGCCUAACUGAGCAUGUGUAGAUUCUACAUAAUAACAUGUUUUGAAUAUUAAUGAGGCGGUACCCUGAAUGAUUUCAAGAUAUAGUCGAGAAAGGUUAUGAGUUAUUGAUAAAAUAAUUUAAUUGAUGAAGAAAAGGCUGAAGGCCGAAACUGCAUAAGCCACAAUUUAAACCUCAACUUGUUACAACUACGUCAAAGUAAAGCAAGACAGAAGCGCGCGAAAAUUCUUGUGAGCCCGCGAUGCUAUACAAUGAAUGCAUGCGAAUAUGGCAAUUUUUUGUGCAACUGAUGACAUCUUAAAUUAGCCCUUCGGCAGUCCUUCGUUGCAUGAGCGACAACACAUGAUUUCCGCAAGACCUGCAGGAUCUUGUUAUAAAUUGUUCGUAUCUGACUUUUCAGUUUUAGUUUUCCUAGCAACUGCAUAACAAGCCAACUAACGAUGGAAAUUCAAUACAUGCCAUAAGCCAAAUUUCUUUUCAUGCAUGCGUCAUGUAGGUGACCUUACGGGUGUGCGUUAUAGGCUGUCAUAUUCCAUGAGGGCCAUCAGCUGGACCGCUGCACUUCCCCUAAAUUGUUUUCCACCUCCCCCACCAUUUCCACUAAAAUACGGCCUUGUUAAUCACAAAGUAGUAUUACUAAGCUAUAAAUCAAAUAACGUACGUCACCUAUGUGCGCGAAUCAAAUUUAAGUUGAUGGACAGCAUUGUACGUAAUUAUAUACACUCACUUAGAAGUUGACCGGGAAAAUGGGAGUCUAUUACUAAUAAUACGUGAAAUAUGAAGUCAUCGUUAAUUCUAAAUGUGAUAUUUGUUGUGUUGGUGUAAUGUACUCAGGUGAAUAAGAUGCUUGUGGUGUUACUCGUGAGUGUAUAUCCACACCGGACAGGCUUAAGAAAUAUGCCUGGCCACGGUGGGAAUCGAACCUACGACCUUCGGAAUAUACUAGCCCAAUGCUCUGCGAACUGAGCUACGCGGUCAGGUCGGUUCGAGUAUGUGAUAUUUCGGAACUGAGUCUAGUUCCUUCGAUAUCAGUGUAAUCUAAUAACCAUGAUAUUUGUUCUAGACUCAGUUCCGAAAUAUCACGUACUCGAACCGACCUGACCGCGGAGCUCAGUUGGCAGAGCAUUUGGCUAGUAUUCCGAAGGUCGUAGGUUCGAUUCCCACGGUGGCCAGGCAUAUUUUUCAAGCCUGUCCGGUGUGGAUAUACACUCAGAGUAACACCACAAGCAAACACAAGCAUCUAAUUCUAAAUGUAUUUCCACAUAACCUUUAUAACCUAUCCCAAGAAAAAUGGGAGACAAGAAAACGUGCAGUUUUACAGUAUUGCCUUUUAACUGUAGGAUUCCGUAUCGUGUUCAAUCUUACUUUCGCGGACCACGUUUCAUCACUGCAGAAGAGUAUGAAAAAGAGGGAGUUGAAGAGACUGCCAAGGCACUCAAAGCGUUGCGAGAAUAUUGUGAAAGUCCUGAAUGCAACACUUGGAGAACUGUGUCCAGAUUAAAGUCUCCGAAAAGGUAUUUUUAUACUUUCCUAAUGUAGAUUAUGAUGUUUAAUUGAUUACGUAGGGUAAUGCGCAGCCUAGUCCCUAGGCCUCUUAGUACGCCUAUUGCGCGUUUCUGCAUAUUAAUAAGGUGACGGCUCGUGUUUACCCUAAUUAAAGUUAUGAGCAUUCGAACAGCGGGUACGUUUUUAACGGAACUGGGCUUUCUGUGCUCGCAGGGAAACUACCUACAAUACCCAAUUACGCAUUGUGAUUGGCUAAAAAGCGAAAUUGUCAACAAAAAUGCGGUGAUUGGUCGAGAACGAAAUUCCGCCUUGUUAAUUGUGAUAGGUAUUUCGAGUAUAGUUAAACCUCUCGUGACAGCUAUUGUGUCUGUAUACAUGCACAUGCGUGCUCGUCGAGUAUGUUUUGCACAUUGCUAUAGUUGAAAGAAUAAAAUGUAAGUAAAUGAUCGCUUUAGUUAAUUAAAGAUGCGUAUUAAUGCUGGUUGCCUUUUUUCGUCCAUGUUGAUCAAACUUUACAAUUUCCAGGUUUGCAUCGUUCAUGUCGGAUGGGGUGGAUAUUACACUAGAAGAACAACAGGAAUUUGACGAGACUUCAUUUGACUGUAUGUCUUUUCUGACAAGCGAUGAAGAUAGUCAAGACGAAUUGGCAUUUGGAGAACUGUAGCAAAAAUUGUGUAGAUUGCAAAAUAUAUGAACCGAAGAUAGAAUCUACACAACGUCGCGCAGUGUUGCUAUAUAAGAAGCACCCUGAUUCCUUUUCUGGUCCAAGCUAGUUCUCCACAGAACGAUUAAGAUUUCUUCAGAAGUCGUCUGAUCUCGUGAACACAGCGGAGAUGUACAUUAAAACGAGCAAGUAAGGCAUAUUAGUCAUUUUUUCAAACCAUUUAUUGUUUGCGUCUGUUUGAUUGCUUGAGCAGUACAUUCAAUUAUUUCAUUAGUUGUACUCUUCCACACAAAUAAACCUGCCAUGGAGUAGAAAUUAAUUUAUUCAAAAGUAUUUGGAAAUGCUGGAAAUUAUCGAGUAAAAAUUAGCGCGUUUUGGAAGGUGUGAGUAUGCAAAAGUAGGAUUCAUAAUUUAUCAUACAACCAAUAAACAAGCAGUUACAUGAUAUUUUUUAUGCAAUUAAGGAUUUUCAUUUCUUAUGUAUGAAUGCCAAAAUCAUUCCUAUAGAAAUUACAUCCCAUAUGUUGAAGCAAUCUUUAUUUAUAUAUUAUCUAUUAUAUUUUUUGGGAAGGCCGCUUCAAUCUCACCAGCUAUAAUAUAGGAAAUUCACAACACAAAAAGCUCAGUACAUUUCAUACGCAUGGAAAAAGUCGAAUAGUCGAAAUAGUCGAUCUUGUUGCUUUGUUUGCUAUAAAGCGCAUAUAGUUGUUCUUCAGAACAAUUGUCAUAAAUGUACAGAUUUAUUUUAUAUAUUGUCUAUUGAAAAUUUUGUUAAAAUAUAUGUGAUAAAAGUAUAAUUUAAUUUAAUAAGACGCCUAGAUUAAACUAUUUUACGUUUAAACUAUUAGAGUUGAAUCGCUGGUCCAAACAAACAUGUAAAAUACCAAACACCAAAGGAUUCAAGAAGUUUUUAUGUUUUGUAUUUAGUUAUUAUUAUUAAUUAAAUUGUUCAAAAUAUUGACCAUAUAACAAUCGUGG